ACGAAGAAAAAGAAGAUUGAGUCCCCGCGAGCGCAUGCACGAUGAGUUCGGGUGUCACAUUAGAACCAUGUUCCACGAACCACGAACCCAAAGAAAGGCGAAAUGAGGGAGAUACCGAGCACCGGGCGACCUCGGAAGAACCAGCGGGACCGCGAAAAUCUCCGAAGCGGGUGCCAUCUACCACUACCACCCUCUCCAACACCCUGCGCAACCUGACCGUCACUGGACCGCCACCCGUACCGACGGAGCUCCUGAAGAAGCUGCGCCUCUGCCUCGGCGCCGUUCUCUUCUUGCUCCUCCUAUUACUGCCAGCUCUGAUAGUCAACCUCACGGGGCUCUUCAGAUCCAGUGGCAAAGAAACGCUGAGUCGGAAGCUUCUGCCGUGCGAUGACUUCUACAGUUACGUGUGCGAAGGUUGGACCAAGGAAACAGCGCUGUCCGUACACAAUCAACACAUGCGAGACUUUAUCCACGCUUUACGCCGAACGCUCCUGGAAGAGGUUCCUCUGGGCCGGCAGAGCGCAGCUGAAAUGGCAGCCCGGCUGUACCAGUCUUGCGAUGACGCUACGACCAGGGAUCACGGCGGGAUCGAAAUCUUGAGGGAGGUCUGGAAAGACUGCGAGACCGAAUGGCCCAAGCUGUCCAACAAGCCGGACUCCCUCAAGACCCUCGUUAGACUCUACAAUAAGUUUGAGAUGCAAAACAUACUUAACAUUCAACCUUAUGACAAUGGCGAUCUCACAGCCCCGAUGAUGUUCUUAGGAAGUGCCACUGCUGUGUACUACGACAAACGAAAGUUGAUCACCGACAGCACGUUCGGGUACAAGAAAUACUUCGAAAGCUUUCGAGAUCUGGCGAAGACGUCCACGAUGAAGGACGAAGAAAUAUUAUCUUACGAAGAAUUUCGCAAGGCUGAAGACGUCAUUUACGACAGCCUCGUAAACUAUAGCCGGGUCGCCAAGCCUUACAUGGAGGCCAUCAGUUUGAGCAGACUAGCGGACCUGACGCCAGAAAUACCGUUGGAGCGCUGGCUGCAUCUGUUCCAAGUGGAGCUACAAAUCCCGAACGUAACGCAAGUUAUAAUCGACGACCAGAAUUACAUCGCCGCGUUCAGCGGACUUUGGAGGAAUUUAAGCGAGACUGACAUACACGGUUACAUCACCUGGUUCAAUCUACAACAAAUGGCCGUCUUCAUCAACUCCGAAUUCUUGCUAGUCUCUUCCGGUAGUCCGUCGAACGCGGAGAAAGUCGCACUCGACGCUUGCUUGCGACGAACUGAAGAUUUCAUGGGAUGGGCCGCGUAUGCGCGAUACGCCGACAAAUAUAUCGAUAAUCUCACGAGGAUCGACGUACAUGACGUCAUGAAGAACAUAUCAUUCGCGGCGUCGGCGGUGAUAAGGAGUGCAUUGCCGUUACCAGCUCAAGACAAUGUAACAUCUAGAGCUGAAGGAAAACUGGCCGCCAUGUUCCUCUACUCAGACCGCUUCCCAUCUUCGAGCUACCUUAACCCUUAUUACGAAAACUUCAGCAACAUGAACGGAGAAAUCUUGCACAACUGGAUCGGCGCUACGGAAAGUUACCGCAGAACAGAAGAGGCCGCAUUCGACUAUACAAGGUUUUUGUUUAUACCGCAGGCGAUGCAUUCAACGACCUACGAGUUUUACAGUGCCCAGCGAAACAUGUGGUUAAUACCGCCAUACGCUGCAAUGCUGCCGCUGUACGGCAAUGGAUUAGCAUUGCCGGUGAUCUACGGCGGUUUUGGGUACUACACCGCUUCCGCCGCCGUGGCGCUUUAUCGCGAAGGGUACCCCGGUGUAAUUCCCAAGGCGACCCGGUGUUUCGGGAACGGCUCUGGAACCGAUUUUGUUCGACGUGCGAUGGACUAUGCACUGUCGUUGUUGAUCGCGUGGGAGGCGUACAAGAAAGCGUCUGCUAAAAGCAAAGACGUCCGUCUGGUUGGACACGAAAAGUUGAGCGGGAACGAACUGUUCUUCAUUGCGCACUGUUUUUUGUUGUGCGAGAGCAAACCAGAAAUAGCAUCUCUGUGCAAUGAGACACUUAAACUGAGCGAAGAGUUCUCGAAGGCCUUCUCUUGUCCGAGCACCAGCUCUAUGUAUUCCAAACGGAGCUGCUAG